UAUCUCAACAAAAGACGAUUUGGAAGUUUUAUACUUACCGGGCUCACCGGUAAAGUCCAAUAUACUCCUCGACUUCUCUAAUGGCGUCGCUUUUUCUUUUUUUCUUUGAUUUACAUACAAAGCAGACAGUUCCGGGCAUUUUGCACCGUUUUUCUACCGGAAUUUAUAAUGCAUCGUUUGCAUUCGACAUUUGUUGACAUACGACUGCACAUACAUUGCCGCCAUUUUUUGGCAGCAGUUCUCCGUCCCCCUUUCCCAAUUUGGUUUAUCCCGCUUCCGUGACGUGCCUGUCACGCUGUCCAUGUUCUGAUUGGUCCAUGGGUCGACCCAGCCGACCAAUUCAAAUACUAACUCCAAACUAGAGUACAUUCUUCGUUCGAAAAAUUGUCUAUGUGACAUUGUGCUUGCCUUCUGUUUGACUUUGAACUAUUUAAUUCAUCGAAAAAAACAAAUUAAUUAAGGAUUGUUACAACUUCUUUCUCGACACUUUUGCCUAAGUGUAAAUCUGAAAAAUGGCAAGCAACGAAGACAGUAAAAAUGAAAUAACCACGGAAAUGGAAACAGAAAAUGAAAAUGAGACAACAGAAGAUUCUGAAAAAAUUGUCAUCAUAGAUCCAGAAAGCGAAGAGUUAGACUUUAAUCACUCGCGAGUGACAAAGUUGGAGAAUUUGGAGCCACUGACUCAAAUAAAAAAAUUAUGUUUCACGUGGAAUCUGAUAAAGAAGAUAGAAAAUCUAAAUACUCUUGUUACUCUACGAGAAUUGGAAUUACGUGACAAUCAACUUACCGUCAUAGAAAAUUUAGACGCCCUAGUUAAUUUGCAGGUCCUCGAUUUGUCUUUCAAUCGUAUUAAAAAAAUCCAAGGACUCGAUAAUUUAAAGAGUCUAGAGAAGCUGUUUUUAUCUUCAAAUAAAAUAUCUCAAAUUGAAAACAUCUCCCAUCUGAAAGGUUUAACUACGCUUGAAUUGGGAGACAACAAAUUGCGCGAGAUAGAAAACUUGGAAUGUUUGGAAAAUCUUGUGAAUUUGUACUUGGGGAAAAACAAAAUUAGCAAGAUUCAAAAUCUAGAGUCACUUCGCAAUCUCCAGUUGCUAAGCUUGCAGAGCAAUCGAAUUACUCAAAUGGAGAAUUUGAGCGAACUGAAAAAAUUAGAUCAGCUUUAUUUAUCUGAGAACGGAAUAACAGUCAUCGAAGAAUUAGACAAUUGUUCUGCAAUCACGACGCUAGACUUGGCCCAAAACAAGAUCAAGAAAAUUGAAAAUAUCAGUCAUCUUGUGGAUUUAGAAGAAUUCUGGAUAAAUAAUAACCUAAUCGAAGAUUGGCCAACGAUUGAGAAUUUAGCAAUGAAUAAAAAACUGCAGACCGUGUAUUUGGAGCACAAUCCGAUCACGAAGGAUGCGAAUUACAGACGAAAAAUGAAAUUGAUUUUACCUUGGUUGGUGCAACUGGAUGCCACCUUAUGUAGAUGAAGUGACAGUAAAGAUGCGCAGGAGGGCUGAAAUUAUAAAGUAGCAAGUGCCAUUUUACAGAGAGAUCCUCCUUACGCUAAUCGAACCAAGUAAUUAUUUAAUGCACGAUAAAAAAUGAACCAAAAUAAUGCAGAGCAGACUAUGAGACUAAGCUACUUUUAACCUUGAAGCCGAUGUUCUUACAUUAAGAACAGUUCCCUAUUAGAAUAAAAACAGAAAGGAAUUAAAAUGUUAUUUCGAUGUUCAGUGUAUCCAUCGCAAGACCAACAAUGAAUUUAUAUUCAGGCGAUCCACGACUCGUCCUCAUAUCUGUUUCAGGACGAGAUGACAAAUACCCUUGAUGACAAAUUGUCUCCAUAGUAAUAAUAACCAUUAAUUUAUAUUUUAUGUUUUCAAUAUAAUAUUUUCUACCAAAAAAGAGAUGAGCCAUUGUCCUGGAAUUGACGAUCCACGAUUCGUCCUCAUUUUAGGCAAUCCCACAUUAACAGCACAUCCCUCUAGUAUUUUUGGUACCGAAAUUUCGAUACCGGAAAAAUCACUGCUUUCAAAGUUCCAAACUUUAAAAAGUUUCUGCUAAGUGAAGAUAUAGUUUUAAAAAUCUGAAAUAAUCAUGGGAACUUAUUUUCAUAUGUAGAAAAAGAUUUUUGCUAGUCAUAAACAAAAUUAAAACAUUUUAUUUUUUCGGCCCACCUUAGUGUCUAACCUGGAAUUGUCAGGGAAUUUUCAUUUGCC